GCGAAGCUGAUUUAAACACUCGCUGUUUUAAACACGGGACCGUUCAGAGAACGAAUCAAAAAAUGCUUUUCUGGUUACAAUAUCGCAAAGCGCGAACUGCUCAAAGAUGCUCCUUUGAAGCUAGGAAAAAAACAAUAGCUGUCUUUGAGCAAGCAGAUGAUUACAAACAAAAAUUUCUGGCUGAAAUAAAUGAUUCAUUUAAAAAUGGCAUUUGCAAAAUUCUACAGCUUGCAAGAGAUCUUCAGGCAAUUGACAGCAACCACAUGGAAAAUGAUUCAUGGAAAAUUCGAAAAUCCAUUUUAGAUGCUGAGAAAACUCUGUCUCAGUCUGAAAUGUCUGCCAUGGGCCAGUUGGAAAAAUUGGAUGACAAAUGUGAAAAUCUUAUUUGUGAAAAGAAACGGCUUGAAACAGAAGAAAAAGAGAAAAGGGAGGAGUUGUUUUCAACGCAAAAGAAAUUGCAACAUUUGGAGGAGAUGCUGAAAAGUACUAAAGAGAGCCUCGACCAGGCAAACAGAAAUCUGACUUCUGCCCAGAAAAAUGUAGAGUCUGCCAGGCGUACAGCAAGAGAACAGCAGACUGUCAGAGAUGUUGGUAUUGGAAUUAUGUUUAUACCGAUUGUUGGUCUCAUAGCAGGAUCAAUAAUGGUUGGUGUUGGUCACACGGCCAUGGAAAAUGCUGAUAAUGCUGCGAGACUUGCUCAAGAAAAUGUGAACAUUUGGAAAAGUGCAGUUACUAGGCAUGAGGCAAAUAUCUGGCAUUACAAAAGGAAAAUAAAUAUGCAAAAAACAGAUAUUGAUUUAAUCAGUGAGCGCUUGCAGGACAUUUCAUGUGAGUUGAAGAGCCUGUCUCAGGUACGCCUGGAGAUGGGUGAGGUUCAGGAGAAGCUGAAGGAUGCCACCUUUCACCUGUGCACACUGGCUGGGAAAAUUCAGGCAGCGGAGAUGCAAACCAGGAUCGUCAUUUUCUUUGAUCCAGUAAUUAAUAUUUUACAUGAUAUCACCCAAUAUCUAUGCAAUCAAAAGAAUCUGGAGCUCUUCCAGUCGCAUGUUGAGCCAAUGAUCAAGGAACUGAGAGAAGAGAAUACCCGCCUGAAAGCUAUCUGUGACAGUGUCAGUGAAUCCAACGACUUUUAUUAAGCAGGGAAAUAUUAGUUACCUGUAAAGCAUGUAACACUUUUGAUUUUACUGUGUUAAGAGUGGGACUGCAAAACAAAAUAACAGUGUGACAAACUACUCAUGAGAUAGAAUUGCUUUAUCUUCAUUUAAUUCUUCUUUUUUUCUUGCAAUAACAAAGAAAGCCUUGACUUCUUUCAUAAAUACAGUCGUGGCCAAAAGUUUUGAGAAUAAAGUUUUGAGACACAAAUAUUAAUUUUCACAAACUUUGCUGCCUCAGCUUUUAUGAUGGCAAUUUGCAUAUACUCCAGAAUGUUAUGAAGAGUGAUCAGAUGAAUAGUAAUUAAUAUACUGAAAAAAGAGCUACACGCUACUUUAAUAUUUAUAUAUUGUCCCUGCUGUCAUAUAAAUAAAGUAUUAGGUGGAAGAAAAGAAUCUAUAAUUGUUUUUGAUAUGCAUUCAAUAAUUAAUGUCUUGUUUCCUUUAGAGAGAUGUAGUCCUUUUUGAGACUUUUUAAUGUAUUUUUUAUUCAUUUUUCCAAUUCUUAUAUUUGCCAGCUGUAAUAAUUUAGUUUAAAUGAACUUAUUAGAUUUUCACACAUGAAAGAAAUACCAGUAUAAUUUUACAGAAAAUACAAGCAACAGUGACAGAGACUGUGCAGUUUGCAUUAUUACAAUAAAGUCACAUCACAAGAUAUUCAGUAGAAAAGAAUAAAGACACAAUACAGAAUGUUCUGGGCUGCACUUUGGGGACUGUUUGUAAUGUCUGAAUUAUUACGGAACUGCAAGCUUUCAAAUAAAUACACAUGAAGGUA